CAGAUUUUUCACACAUCUAAAUCUGCAGCGAGCUUCCUUUGUGUAAAAAAUCAAUCAGUCAGUCUUGCUCUUUGGCGACGGCACCAGAAAAAAAAAAAAAACAAGUGAAAAAAAUUGAACAAAUCGCUACCAGCAGCUACUCUGCAAUAUUUUUGCGAGGCCGCUUUUGGCUCUGCACUGUAACUCAGUGUGUGUGUGGUAUUGUGUGUCCUGUAUCUACAGUCUGUGUAGCUGAGUGACCUUGAUGUCUGCACUCAGCGGGAAGACACUGGAGACGAGUGAUUAACAGGAAAAAGGAAAAAAAGAGACAGAAGUGCGAAGAAUGAUGAAAUAAAAUACAAAAAAGGAAAGAAGCAUAGAGAGUUCGAGUGUGAAAGUUAAACAUGGAAAGAGAUGUUGCAAGGUGAAAAAAAAACGAGUGAAGAAAAAAAGUGAAGGCGAAGUGUUGGAAAGCUAAACAAAAUGUGGAGAAAAUUGGGGUGGGGUGAACGAAUGACUCACCACACAUCUGUUGUUUUUUUUUCUUCUUCUUCUACUGCUUCCCCCUGCAGGCAAUCUGGAGGUGCAGUCAUCAAGAACAGUCUUGGAGAGGAGUUUUAUAAGGAGGCCAUUGAACACUGUCGCAGCUACAAUGCCCGUCUGUGUGCGGAGCGCUCCAUGCGGCUCCCCUUCCUGGACUCCCAGACCGGCGUGGCCCAGAGCAACUGCUAUAUCUGGAUGGAGAAGAACCAUCGUGGACCAGGUCAUGCUCCUGGCCAGUUGUACACGUACCCUGCUCGGUGCUGGCGCAAGAAGAGACGGCUAAACAUCUUGGAGGACCCAAGGCUUCUACCUAUCGAGUUCAAAAUUGACUAUGAGACUUCCCUAAAGAAGGAGGGGGGCAUCCCAGACGGCCCUGUGCUGGAGUCACUGCUUGCUGGGGAAACGCUGGACAAGAAGGUGGAAACUAAGGAAGAGGAGCCAAUGAGUGAAUGUCAGCUGCUUGUUGGGGAUUUUCCUCAUGAGCUGGAGGUGGAGGACAUGGAGGAAGACGUACCGAAGCGCAAGAACCGUACCAAAGCACGGGCCUAUGGUGUCGGAGGAAUGAGGAAAAGACAAGAGCUUCCUGCCAUUGAAGACAGAGAUAAGCCUUACGUCUGUGACAUCUGUGGCAAGCGAUAUAAGAACCGUCCAGGGCUGAGUUACCAUUACACUCACACACACCUGGCAGAUGAGGAGGGCGAAGAGGACUCAGAGCGACACACACUUCCCUUUCAACGCAAGAGCAACCACAAGCCUAAGAAAGCACCGGAUGGCUCGGUGAUCGCCAAUGGCUACUGCGACUUUUGCCUCGGAGGCUCAAAGAAGACAGGUUGUCCCGAAGACCUUAUCUCCUGUGCGGACUGUGGACGCUCAGGCCACCCGUCCUGCCUGCAGUUCACAGUGAACAUGACGGCUGCGGUGAGGACUUAUCGCUGGCAGUGCAUCGAGUGCAAGUCCUGCAGCCUGUGUGGCACCUCUGAGAAUGACGACCAGCUGUUAUUCUGUGACGAUUGCGACAGAGGCUACCACAUGUACUGUCUGAGCCCUCCCAUGUCUGAACCACCAGAGGGGAGCUGGAGCUGUCAUCUGUGUUUGAGACAACUGAAGGAGAAGGCCUCAGCUUACAUCACCCUAACUUAAUCUCCAGAGCUUGUCCUCAUGGCCCCUCGCCCUCUCCCAAACCACCUCUCUGUCACACCUCCCAUGUUCUUCGGCACCUCCACUUCUCCCCUUAUACUGAUCUUCUUGUCAGCGCUCUUUCCACAGUCUGUCCCUGUGACCUUUGGUGCGUACAGAUUACCCACAGUGCUGCGCCUGCUCUCGAACGUCUCUCCAGCGGCGAGCCAGACUCUGUCCUCUUUUGUACCUGGAAUUCCCUUUUGUGCUUGACCCUAACUUGAGCCUCGCCCUCCUUCGUCUCAGCAGAGGAAUUCAUCAGCCGGCAAUAAGUUUGCCAGCAAGACACACACUUCAGCCCGCCAAGGGCACUUCUGAGGCAUAAUACUCCAAAGGAACCCUCAUAAGGGCACUCGGAUGAGCCCUAAUGAUCUUCAGCUGUGACUCUGUGAAGCAGUGAGUAAAAAAUAAUAAGAUGGUGACAUGUUCGAGAGAGGACAAGCCAGUGGAGAACCAUGGAGCAGUGUGUCUCAGUGUUUUCCCAACUGUGAAAUGUACAUUCAACCAAAAUGUUAUUUUCUUCUCUCUGUCCUCCUUUGUGUAUGGCAGAGCUGCAGAGAUGCUGAACUCCCCUCUGGUAUUUGUCUGGGUGUCUCUUUCAACGAGGGAGUGAAUUGUACAGAAUUAAAACUGAUUUUUGAACUAGAAACUAAUGAAAAGACUUGGCUCAGUGGUAAAUAAGGAGCAUCUGGUGAGGAACUCAGACCAUCUUUGACCUCAACCCUUUUUCUCUCCAUGCAUGGGGUUCCCACAAUUUAAUGGUGCAUUUUGGAGAUGAACACUGAAGGUUUUUAGUGCAUGGCUAUGGCUCCUGGAUAAAAGGAGAGGAGGAUUUUUUUCUCAAAACAGAUCAAGCUUUUUAUUUGAAAAAUAACAGUUUCGGCUUAGCAUCUCUCGCAAGCCUUUACCUGACUUGCAUUCAACCUGUCCUCCCACGAGUCCGUGACUGUAAAGCCAGUGCAAGACUGUAACACCUCUGGUGCUUGGUGUGUGUUGUCUAUGAUUUCAGAAUGUAGGACUGGUGUGUGGAUAAUGCAGAUCUCAUGCCCAGGCCUGAAAACAUAUUUUCUAUGAUUCAUUAUUUAUGUGUUCAUUUGCAUGUUGUUAUUUUCAUUCUUUUAAAAAAAACUUUUAAUUGAAAUGAAAAAGAAAGCACACUUAAUUCGCAAUAAUGUGUUUGUGAUACGAACUCUGUAGCCACCCUUUGUGAGUUUAAAGCUCUGUUUGUGCCUGUGUAUGUUUGUGAGUUUCUUUGAGCAGUACAGAGACGGUGGCCAGUUAAAUAUGAGUUUGAUCUGUGAAGAAGACAAAUAGCAGGCAGGUGAACUGAGGAUUUAACCAUAUAGGCAGGCUGGCUGAGCUACAAGUCCCACUGAAAGUCUUCGAUCUCAACUCCCUGGUAAAAAAAUACCCAUAAUGUGUUAAAUGAACAGUUUGAAAAUUCCGAUCUUACUGUGCAGCAUUUUACAAUGUCUCUGCUUUGAUUAUCCACUGUAAACAUAGGCAACUUCCUUCUCACAGCCAUAUCCUCUAUUUAAUUUUAAAGCUUUAAAGGUCAGAGCAGCCUAAUUGUGUUUAUUUAAGACAUAGCAAGACAAGCUACGUUCCAAAGCUACAUAACAUGUUUAGAAAUCUGUCCCAGAAAGCAGUCCUGGUAGGGAACUAUUGAUAUUACCUCGAACCUUCAGUUUCAAGCUUUGUGAAGGGAAGGUGCUAUGAAUUUUGGACUCAAUGAAUAUUCCCAGUAUAAUUUUUCAGUCAUCCCAGAUUAAGCUCCUAUACUGUUUAUAUUUUCUGCAAACUUUAACUGUAAGAGUCUUUAAAUGAACAACUUCGGCUUUCAACAUUUAGCAACGACAGAAGGAGUACACUAAAUCUUCCAAUCAAAGUUAUAUUUCUUUAUAAUACAUGCGAAUUGUUAACCGGUUUUAUGUUUAAAAGAAACAAGGCAUGUAGCUGUGUUUGCAAUUCUCUUUUGGGCCACAUUGCAAUAGCUUUAUUUUUUUACAUCUGCUAUUUUUCCAUUUUUCUUUUGAAUUUUGGGAUGAUUUGGAUUUUGUUUUAAAGUGUAACUGCUUUAAAAGAUUUAUGAGUUAUGUCUGUAGAGCACUUCCAUUUCCACAAUUCCUAAUUUAAGAUCCUUUUCAUCUCUCACCCUCAACAAAAGCAUUGAAGCAAGGAAAUCUGCAUUUGUGCGCAAAGAUAUAACUGUGCCAUCUUUCUCAGUUUGGCGUGAACUUAAUUUAGACAAACUAAUUUUAGAUCCUUGUUAUUUUAUUUAUUUUUUUAUUAUAUCGGUAUUUGCAGACCUGUCCUGACAUGUUGUAGAUAGUACAAAUUUUCUUAUUCUUAUUCAUUUUUCUUUAAAUGAGUUCUCAGUUUUUGUGCUUCCUCUCACCUUAUUUUUAAACACUUCACUCAUACUGAAAAUGGGUGACAUAGAGUGUACGUCCCUUAAUAACUUAAUAACUUCAACACUGAAGACUGUUGUUGUCAUUAGGAGUUGGUAGGGCUUGGAUGCGGUGCAUUCACAGAUUGGGAAAAGAUUGGAUUUUUAAAAUUCCAAAGAUCUGAACACUGGUGAGGGCCAGUUAAGCUAUAAGUUGACAGAUUUGUCAAAAGACAAUUAAUGGACUGAAUUUAUAAAAUGUAUUUUUUGUCUGUUUAAAGCAGCAACAUUGACAGUAGCCUAUUGAGGAUGAGCGACCCCCACCAAAUCGAUUUAACCUAAACAGAAUCGCAGCUGAAACGUAUAUGACAAACAGCCACGGGGACUUUAAGGGUUCAGGUUAAUUAGGUUUCGAGGUAUGAAGGUUCAGGGUGACAUAAUGGAAACAAGCUUGAGGUGGAGAGGUGAAUACUUUGAUAUUUUCUAUCACGGAUAGCUUAGCUAUAUAAUUAAGAUGUAUUCUUUAAACCUGUUCAUUUUCCCUCUUUACAAAGUAACAAAACACAAACAGAAAAAUAGACAAACCUGACACACUACAUGGUCACCACUUAGUACACCUACUUUUUCUGGCAAUACUCACAGCAGUAAACAGUAAACAACUUCUGUUGCCACCUAAGAAUCUAAACAAAUGCAGCUCUUAUAGUACUGCUCUGUGGAGUUUAAGGCAAGCUUGGUAUUAUUAUGCUUCUUAAAAAGACUUCAGUCCAGGAUACUGGAAGAACUAUUCUGGACCACUUGUUGGCUGUAGCUUCAUGGAUUGUUUUCCAGAGCUGUGAUGUACCAGUGUAGCGGUUAGAUAGAAACAGCCAGGCCUCUUGUGAAUGACUGUUUCACUUGCCACACUAGCUGUGUAAUUUCAGCUGUGGGAAGGUAGAUCAAGUGAAGAAGGUAGAAAGUUAUUACAAGCGUGUACAAAUGCAAUUUAGCAAGCCCUUGAUUUAAACCUGUGUAUAUGAAUUAAUACAGUAUUACAGUUGGCUAUGAUGUUAUCUAGCUGCUCAGGGCCAUCUGCUGGCAGGUUGAUGUUGGUGAGAACAGAUUAGCAUAGAUCCCCAUUCACUGAAUGAGUGAAGAAACGUGUAAAGAUAUGCACAGGAAGUCUAUGGAAGUCUAUGGUCAUGCCGAUUUGUGGCAAGUAUUUAAAGGUUUGAGGCAUCACUUUCAGUUUCAAGCUAGCUAAACAUAUAUCUAAGUUUUUUCCAUCCAAGAGUUUUCAGAAACAUUCAGCUUUGGUUAAAAAAAAUGUAAAUGGAAAUAAGAUUUUCCACCAUAAAGCGUAAAAAACAUUUUAACCAGGUUUUGGGUGCUAUUGGGAAAUACUUUUUUCCAUAAAUUCUAAUGUCAGUCAGUAGUCUUAGUAAUGCAGAAAUUUGUGUUUUACUACAGUUUCUAAGGCAAAUUAAUUCUGUCGAUGUACUUAUUCAUUUUUAUGUCAGCACACCUAAGGUAGCAUCUAAGCAUAAUGUCAAUAGUUACUAGAUUCAUUCACCUAUGCUGCUUUCACUCUCUUUCCUGUAUUGCCAUUUAUGCUGGAGUAUUGGAAAAUACAGAUUUCAUUGGUCUAAAUGUUAGGAAAAAAGGGGAGGUUUGUGGAAUGUCAAGCAAUGUCAUGUAUUUGAAGUAUCUAUCACACAUCUGAUGAACUCCUUUUCUGAACAGUGCAUGUGAAUAAGGAUCAAAAGUGUUGCAUUCACAGUGUUCUGCUGUGUCACAACAGGGUAUGGCUACUUUUGCCAGGAUGUCACGAUCUAAUUUUUUUAAUAUAUAUUUAAGUGAACAGACCAUCUGGGAAUUAAAUUUUAAUGUUUUAUGAGUACCUCCAGGUGAUCUGAGUUGCAGUUGUUCCAGUUCUGUAGCAUUUGCACAUGCAUACUGCAUACAUGGAAUGUUUUAACAUGUCCUAAAAAUCUAUGUUAGCCUGGCUUAUGUGGUGAUCAAACUAUAUGCUCAGUGUCAAAUGCUGAUGGUAUGUUAUUUUCCUAAGGCAUUGUAUCUUCCUCUGACAUUGAAACAACGGCAGAUACGCAAUAGUGUGGCCUGGAUAUAACAUUCACAUACCUCACAGAAGUAUUACAUUUUGGGUUAGUGGGCCACAUUAACUAGGGCUGCACAUAAUUAGGAGAUCAUGUAUCUAUAAUAUUAUUGUUGAAUUCUACAAUGACAACAUCAGAUAUAUUUAUAGAGAUUUUUGCUGCCCCUCUCUUCUUUAUUGUUCAUAACAAUCACUCUCUGAUGUCUUUAACAUCUUGGACCCUAUGAUUUGUGUCAGGUGAGAGGCAUCCACAGCAUUGAAGCUCCAUCCCACAGGCUGAGUGUACUACUGGAAUUUAUGUCGCAUGGAAUAUAAUGGUCAUCAAAUUUGGCUAUUUUAGCUGUCCUUCCUGAUGUAAAUAGUGUACACACUGACACUGAAAUGACAAUAUAUUUCAAAUAUAUUGGGCAGCCCUGAAAUUGGCCAAAAUAUGCUGCAAUGUUAUCCUCAUUUUGCUCAAAACAGUAUCGUUUAUCAUAUUGGCCUCAGUAUGUUAGCACAUUGUUUUUUUGCUGUCUGCAAUUUCAACCCAUUGUUUUUAUCUAUAACCAGUUUGACUGGAUUUAAUAAAGCCACUUUAAUGGUCACACUUGAUGGGAAACGUGCUGAGUAAGAAAGAUCCACUCAGCAUUUCCAAAUCACUUGCUACAACAGAGUAGAACUCAAUUGAAUUUGGUUAAACAUCUCAUUUAAAUCAUGUCCUCAAUGGAAGAUGAGAAAUCAGUCAGUUUGUGCGAGUUUACCUAAACUGUAACCGUUCAGGCUGCCUGAUAGAAAAGGACUGCAGGUGAACGAGCUGUGACACUACCUCCGCUCAGAGUAACUCCAAGCGUGCAUGAAUGACACAUGAAAUGCUCAAGCUUGUUUUUUCAGUUACAAAACUUAACCUUACUUUCAUUAUCAUUAUGUUUGAAGUUUUUUUCUUUUGUUUUGUUGCACAUUACACAGUGUGGCUACAUUUGGAUCCUGAGUGUGUUUUUUGUGUGCAAUUGGGAACCCUAGCCCUAGCUCUACUUCUAAAGAAACGUUGAAAAUGCAAAAUGAACCAAAACAGUAUUUUUUUUAAAAGCAGGUUUCUAAGAGGAGCUAGUUGCAUGGCACACUAAGUGAUGCUGGUCAUUUCAUCCCUUUGCCAUUUUGUGCUUUUCCAAUUUUAAAUUAGUACCCAAUAAAGGUUCUGUUUGCCAGAAGACCUACAUACAGACCACAUAUCAGUUCGUACCCAUACUGGGGGCAUUCUGUACCCACCAUGACACCUGAUUAAAAGUAAUAUUCUGUAAUCCAAUAAUAGUUUACCAUAAGAAAAUGUAAAUAAAUGACCUCAGUAUUAUCAGCAGAAAGUCACUCAUAGUUAAUCUGCUGUUAUUAGGGUUCAUAAUCUGUCUGUGCAAUAAAAUUGUUUAGAAUAAUAUAGAAUUUAAUGAAAUUAUAAUUAAUAUUUGAGCAUUUUACAAUUAUUUAUCUUCAUAAUUCUUAAAAAACAAAAACGUAUCUUCCAAGCCAAAUUAGGCUAUGCAUUGGAUAAAUACAUGGGUAUAAAAUGGAAGAAGGUUGGGAUGAAAUGGCAGCUUGUAGUCAUAAAAAGGAAAAAAUGACAAAAAGGGCAAACUGACCUAGAGCUCAGAAAACUGCACUGGAGUUAUGUUCACCUCACUGUACUUGAGUUUACAGAAUUCACAUCUUGCACUUGAAUAACACCCUUUAUAUUAUCCUGUGUUAAAUCAGGAUGAUAUUUUCUUCACAAAACCAGUUUCCAAUGACUUAUUGUUUAUCAUCAUUAACCAGUCAGAGCUAACAUUUAGACUUGAAGUGUGCUUGAGUGGAAAUGUUUCUUGAUGAGCCUUACUUGGAAAAUAAUGGAAAUGUUUGUCUUUUGAAUGGUGAGUGAAGAAAAUGUCAGGGGGAAUUGAAUAGCCUUUUACAAGGAGCCUUCUUGGCACUGGGAUAAUCGUGGUGGAGUCAAACUCAUUUUGAUUGUACUCUCUGGGGAAGGUGGGGAAGCUUUGUUGGGCUGUGAUUAUCUGAUAAAAUGUGAGCCUUCACUUUGUACAAAAUAGACAAUGUGAAGGAGGUGUGAGGAGUGGAGGUAACAAAAGCCACAUCCGGAUCCACAGGACCCACAGUUUGCCCUGAUCUUUGGCUGCUGGAUGGAAAGGCCCCACCUGGGCAUGGAGACUUGGGCCACUGUCUGACUUUCUUGUAAAUUGUCGUUCUGUGAUUUUGCUUGCACUUUUUUGUUUUCUUUCUCAAAAACCUAAAAGUAAUUGUAAGUAUGUAAGUGUGUGAGUGCGAUUGCACUUUUUUUUUUUUCUUGCCAUUUUUUUUUAAAUGUGAUUGUAUGUUGUUAUCAACACUGGAUGAAGAGCAAUUUUUAGUUUGUAUUUUCUACCUUAUAAGGAAGAUUAAAUCUUCUUGGACAUUUUUUAACCCCCGUCGCCCACCCACCUCCCUGUUUCUUUCUCUGUCUGGUACCUGGGAAUGCUUUAAAGUGUGGACUGUGACCGCAUCGCUGCCAUCACUGCUCUCAGUCAUUCUCUGUGAAUUCAUUUGGCUUUCCCUACUUACCCAGUUUUUUCUCUCUUCCCUUGACUCUUUUUUCCAUUAAAAAUUGCAAUUGAAAAAUGA